CCCCCCUCCCCCCCCCCCCCCGUCGCCCCCCCGCCGCGCAUGCCCGCAUGUGGCAGGACGGCGAGGCGCAGCGGGCCGAGGCGCUGCGGAGCAUCGGCCCGGGCGCCGACGCCGAGGCGCGGCUGCGCGGCCUGGCGGGCCUCCGCGCGCUCGCGCUCGCGGGGCACCGCGAGGAGCUGUGGGCCGACGAGGAGCUCCGCCGGGAGCUGCUGACCGCCAUCGAGGACGACGAGCAGUCGGAGGCCGUGCGCGCCGCCGCGCUCUGUGUGGUGAAGAGCGCCGCCGCCUCCGUGGCGAACCAGCUGAGCGUGCUGAAGAGCAGCAAGUCGCGGAACGCGAUGGUGCAGGCCUGCAGGCUGAGCGAGCCGUCGUCCGUCCGGCAGCCCGCGGGGCUCAUCCUGGCCGUCCUCGCCGUGGCCGCGGUGGGCGCGGAGCCUCCGGGGGCCACCAAGGACAUCCACAGGGCGCUGGCCAGUGCGGCGCACGUGGACGAGCCGGCUCACAACCGGGCGGCGGUUUUCGCCGCUCUCUGGAGCUCCGUGGCGCUCGGCGCUCGCGCGAGAGAGCUGCUGAGCCCCGUGCACGGCCUCCGCGACGUGCUCAUCGAGAGCGGGCGCAGUGAGCAGCCGCCACAGGUGCGUUUGAACGUCAUCGGCGCACUCUGGGCAAUGGCGAAGGACGAGCCCUCGCGACACCAGCUGUGGGUCGACCCAGAUAUCCGAGACAUCCUCGUCGACGGUGCUGGCUCCGGCAACUGCAGCAGCGUUCGGCUCAACGCCCUCGGGGCCCUCAGAAGCCUGGCCUGCGAGGACGACAACAGGGCGGAGAUGUGCGGAAGCCCUGUGCUUAUUGGUCACCUCAAGGACGCUCUGGCAGAGCAGAGUGCGCCGAGCAUCAGGUCCGCCGCGCUGGAGGUUGUGUUGCAACUGUCCAUGUGCGGAGAGAACCACCUGCCUCUGCACGAGGAGCGCCUGCACGACACGCUUCUGGCGGCCUCUCGAGAUCCCACCUUCUCGGCGCAUGAUCAGAGGAUGGCCAACAGUGGCUACGAGCGUAUCGUGGUUGGGAAGAUUGUGUCCCUCUCGUGGAUGAUCCUAGGCGAUGACUCUCGGAAGAAGAUGUGGACCGAUCCCGCCCAGCGAAAGAUGAUGCUUUCUGGGGCGAGUCCUGGACAGACAGACGAGAUCCGCCUCCAAUAUCUGCGCUUGCUGGAUGACCUGGCAAUUGCCUUCGCCAACCAGAAAUCGAUGUGGAACAACUCGGAUGCCGUCGAGCUGAUGAAGUCCACCGUGGCUGCUGGCAACCCGCUCGCGCUGCGCGUCGUCGCCAUCCGGUGGAUGCUGCACCUCACUGCCUGCGAGCCGAUACUCCCCGCGAUGUACGACGACUGCGUGCAGGACAUCCUCGGGGCCCUCUCGGAGGACGGGUCGCUGUACGACCAGGUCCGCGCCUCCUGCGCGGCGGGGCGCCACAACAUCCUCGCAGGGAAGGUCGGCGCCCUCCAGGCCAGGGUGUCGAACGACGCCUCGCGCGAGGAGUUCUGGCGCGACGAGGCGCGGCGCGACAUCGUGCUGCUGUGCGCCGCACAGGUGGAGCCGGCGCGGGUGCGGGCGCCGGCCGUGCGGCUGCUCGAGGAUCUGGCCAGAGCGCCCGGCAACCGCCGCUGGAUGCUGGCGGAGGAGCGGCUGGCGGCGAGCCUGCUGGCGAACGCCGACGUGAAGCAGCCCGCGGAGGUGCGCAACGCGGCCGUGGAGGCGCUCGCGUCGCUGUCCCGCGAGGCCCUGAACGCGGCGGACCUCUUCGUCGCCGGGGUGCACUGCACCUUCCUCGAGGCCUCGCAGGACCUCUCCCUGGAGGCCGGCUUCCGGGGCUCGUGCAUGGACAGCCACGUGCGCGUCGUCGCCGGGGCGCUGGGGCACUUCCAGGGGCAGGCGGCGGACGACGCCGGGCGGGAGCAGCUGUGGCACGACAAGGUUGGACGCAGAGCCCUGAUGGAGGGUGUUGCGGACAUCGAGCCGCCGCAGACGCGCGCCCUCGCGUUCAGCAUGAUCAGGGACAUCGCCAUGUGCAGGCCCCUGCAGGAGGAGGUCUGCGAGGACGCGCCCCUCAGCAAGGCCCUCCUCGCCAGCGUGGGCGGGGAGGAGGCGGCGGAGGUGCGCGAGUCCGCGCUCGCCGUCUUCGCGGUCCUCCUCAACCGGGACUGCCACGCGGAGCUCGUCAAGAACGGCGUGCACCAGGUGCUGAGCCAGUCUGCCGAAGAUCCUCUGCUGAGCGCCGAUUGCCGCGAGGCGUGCGCGAGGGGCUACGGCCGGCUGACCGGGGACGACUGAACGCGGACGUCCCUGAACAAGUCUCGUUGCCAG